AAAAAAAACUCACGAAUCGCGCGGGGGGAGUUCAUUAUUUUCAAAUCCCACAGCACUCAACCAACGGUCCAGAUCUAGUCUUCCCUGGCCUCGAUCUUUAACAGCCCUUCCUCUUUCCUCUAUAUAUAAACCCUUCUCCAUUCUCUUCGCAUCUGACAUUCUCAUCUCACUUUUUUGUUUUUGGGUUUUCUCUCUCUCAUUUUUUUUAUUUUUAGUUUUUUCAAUUUUUGCUAAUUUUUUAUUUUUGUGUGUGAAAAAAAAAAAAAAUGUCGACGGAGAAGGAGAGAGAGACACAGGUUUACUUGGCCAAACUCGCCGAACAAGCCGAGCGUUACGAAGAAAUGGUCGAGUGUAUGAAAAAGGUUGCAAGACUUGAUCUUGAGCUGACUGUGGAGGAGAGGAACCUCCUCUCUGUGGGAUACAAAAAUGUCAUUGGUGCUAGGAGAGCUUCUUGGCGCAUUAUGUCUUCAAUUGAGCAGAAGGAGGAGUCUAAGGGAAAUGACAACAAUGUUAGACUUAUUAAGGGUUACCGCCAGAAGGUUGAGGAGGAACUCUGCAAGAUUUGCAAUGACAUUCUUAGUAUCAUUGACAAGCACCUGAUCCCCUCAUCCUCUUCGGGAGAGGCCACGGUUUUUUACUACAAAAUGAAAGGUGACUAUUAUCGGUAUCUUGCUGAGUUUAAGACUGAACAGGACAGGAAAGAGGCAGCUGAGCAGUCAUUGAAGGGAUACGAGGCUGCUUCGGCCACUGCAAACACAGAUCUUCCAUCAACCCACCCAAUCCGUCUUGGCCUUGCUCUCAAUUUUUCUGUCUUCUACUAUGAGAUAAUGAACUCACCUGAGAGGGCCUGCCAUUUGGCUAAACAAGCUUUUGAUGAGGCAAUUGCAGAGCUGGACACCUUGAGUGAGGAGUCAUACAAGGACAGCACCCUGAUAAUGCAGUUGUUGAGAGACAACCUCACUCUCUGGACCUCUGAUUUGCCUGAAGAUGGAGGUGAAGACAACUUCAAAGGAGAUGAGUCCAAACCUGCCGAAGCCGAGCACUGAUGGGGCUACCUGAGAGACCCCUGCAAAAUAGCAGUUGGAUAUCAGAGUGCUUUGUGAAAGUGUUUUCUUCAGCUUUUCUCACAAGGGAAAUUGGACUGAACAAUGUGGACAUUAUAAUUUUAUUGAUCUUUUGGGUCCAACCAAAGCCAGAAGAUCAAUCAGUUGUAUGCCCCUUUUAUUUCUUAGAUUUACUUUUUUCUUCCAUUAUUUUGCAUUUUGAUUAAUGUUAAUUAACUGAGAUUUGUUAUUUAAGCAAUGGAUGAUUUUACCUUUUUCUUUAACAUCUUUUGUUGGUUUGAGGUUUGUUGUAAUGCCGGAUUAGACUUUGUAGAUUGAAAACUGUUGGAUCGGAUACCCGAUCCACCACUUUACAUAUGGUUUCUUAAUUUCUUUUGUUUGUUGGAGAGUGAUUUAUAAUUUGCUUCUA